AGUGACGACACCACACGCAAGCGACUUCAUCGUUUCCUCUAGCAAAACUCGGCAGCAGUUGUUGAAUCUUUCAGUGCCCCGACAGUGCUUUCUUCGAUGCGAUCUGGCACAGAGAGCUGGACAGACUCACGCUUCUGUCUCCGGGAUGUGCUAAUCACAAUCUCUGUGAGCCACACACAAAAAAAUUGUCGAAUUUUUUUCUUCCCAUACAUCCCCCCAUGUGAGUCUAUGUAGUUUCGUGAAAAAAUCCCCCAAGGCUGCUGUAGCGCGAGUGCUCAAAAUCGUUCUAACAGUGUACGAAAGUGCUUGGAAAAAUAAUUAAUUUAGUGAAAAAAAAAAUUAGUGAGUGCUUUAGUCGGAAUGGGUCUAAAAUGGCAAUUUGUAGCUGUGUUUUUGGUCAUGGAGCUGUCUAGUCUUAUAAAUGGUCUCACGUUCAGUCACUUCAAUCAUACACGAGAUAAACGCCAGAAUAGGUGUAGAGAGUACGACUUUGUAUGCGACGAUGGGACAUGCAUUGAUGAUAUUUUCCGAUGCGAUGGGAAAGCCGACUGCGCGGAUGGUUCUGACGAGACCGGGGCUUGCCGGCUGAUCAAAUGCCCCAAAUAUGCAUUCCAGUGCGCAUAUGGAGCUUGUGUAGAUGGAUCAGCAGAGUGUAAUGGAGUAAAGGAUUGUGUGGACAAUUCGGAUGAGCUCACAAUAAAAUGUCCUGGAAUUUUGGAAUAUUUAAAAGAUAGAGGAAAUUGCUCAGAAGGAUAUCGACAGUGUAUGUCAGGAGAGUGUGUCUUCGAGGAUGAAUUGUGCAAUGGGAAGAAAGACUGUGCAGAUGCAUCAGAUGAAUCGCUGGCAAGAUGCUUUAACUACUAUUGCCCUCCGUAUGCAUUUAGGUGCAACUACGGUGCAUGUAUAUCGGGUGAUGAAAAAUGCAACGGGAAAUAUGAUUGUUAUGAUGAAUCUGAUGAAACUGAGGCAUUAUGCGGGAAACCACCACCACCAAGGGAAACAACACCCCAACCAACGUCGGAUUUUCCAAUUCAACCUCAACCCCCUGGAAGUUGCCAAGUUCCUGUAUUUGCAGGACGAAUGUUCGAUAUUCAAAAUACCGAAGUUUUCCCUGGGCAGUUUGUUCUCAAUGGUCAGACACUAAAAUUUACUUGUCCAUCAUCUCGACUUAUUGGUGCAGAUCAAUCAUUCUGCAUCGCAGGACAAUUUCUACCGGAUAUUCCUAAAUGCUCUCGUUUCUGUUCAAAUGUCCAAUUGAAUACCUUAACAGUUCAAGCCAGCUGCCAAACAGUUUCAGGAGACCCCAUCCCUUGCUCCUCUCAACUGUCACCAGGAACAGUUGCAGAUCUCAAAUGUAAGCAAGGCUAUAUCAUGCCAAAAGAGUUCGUUCAAACAAGAACAAAAUGCGAAGAUGAUGGAUCCUGGAGCAAUCACGUGUUCAAAUGCGAUCAAUUGUGUGGAAUAAUUGAGGAGGGAUUUGCAUUUGUUAGCGGUGGAAGGGAAACUAAUAUAAGUCAGGUGCCUUGGCAGGCGGCAAUUUAUGAAAGACGAAAUAAUCGUUACGGACAAAUAUGCGGAGGAAGUAUCCUAACAGCUACCACUGUAGUCAGUGCGGCACAUUGUUUCUGGGAUAGGCAGAAUAACAAAGUGAGAAGUCAUGAAUACUACAGAGUAGUCGUUGGGAAGACACUACGGGAUUACUAUGCAAAUGAAUCGGGUACACAAGAAUCUGAUGUAUCCCACAUUGAUAUCUAUGCUCAGUACAAUGACUUUGAUGGUCUCUAUACGGCAGAUGUUGCAAUUUUAGUUCUCAAAUCUCCCAUAAUCUACAAGACCUACAUUAAGCCUGUAUGUCUUGCUCCGAACCUAAUUGGGAAUGAUAAGUAUAUUCCUUCGAAUUUGGAAGGGCGUGUUGCUGGAUGGGGAUUAACGGAGAAAGGAAACUACAGCGCUGUUCUCAAGAUGUUGGACCUCAACACAGUGGACUAUCAUACAUGUCGCAAACGUUCUUCGGAUACAUUUAAAAAUUUUAUAACACCCGACAAAUUUUGUGCUGGAAAUCCGGACGAUAGCAAUGUGUGUCAAGGAGACAGUGGCGGAGGAUUUAUGGUACCGAAGACUCAAACUGUCAAUGGGAAAGAACAGAAGGUGUACUACCUUCGGGGCAUUGUAAGUGUAGGCGCAGGCCAAGGACUAGAAUGUUUUGCUAAUCAUUUUACAACCUUCACUGAUAUUCAAUUUGUAUUGCCAAUCUUCAAUAAGUAUCUACCUUGAAAUAGUCAGUUAGGAUAAAGAUUUUUACUUACUUUUCUGCAUAUUGCUGUGAUGAUCGUUCAUCUUAGCCUGAAAAGAACAAGACAAUACAAAUUAUUAAUUUAAUGGAAAAACCUUUUGAAGGCCAAUAUUCUUGAACCAGGGAAAACUAUUCCCAGCAUGGACAAGAGCUAGAAUUUAACCUAGGAUUUUUCAUGCGUUAUCCCUGGUUUCAAUAUAAGGCCUAAAUAUGAUUUGUCUUUUAGAACUAAGAAAAUAAGUCAAUUGAAAAUGCAUUUCUGACAAUACUGAUAAAUUAUAAGUAAAAUAUAUAUUUUAUAUAAUGGAAAAAUUAUAAAGUUUUCCAAAUAAAUAUAAAGGAAUAUGAUCAUAAAAA